UAGUGUAUAUUACCUUGACGCAAGUUUAUCAAAGUUCAAGUUAUUGGGUCGAACCAUGAACAUGACACGAGAGUGCAAGAGCAUUAAGAGAUUGGACAUUUGGAGAUCGUUAAAGGAUGUGUUCCUUUUACGAGGAGGCUUCAAUAUACUUCACAAAAUAAACAGAGAAACAGAGGAGACUGUUUUACCUGAAGUGCUUUCGCUACCUGGCCUCGGCACGAUUUCAAUUAAGAGCUUAAGCAGAGCGCCCAUCAAUAUGUCGUUUCUCCUGAAGUCUGCUCUUAUAUUUCUUGUUUUAAGCAACCUUUUAAAUGUUAUUGCGGUGGCUACAAUAGGAUGGGGCAAGGUUACGGGUAAGAUAGAGCGAUGGCAAGGUCUUUGGGAGUAUUGCGACUACACUGGAAUCAAGAAUACGAAGAGCGACUGUUUUUAUAAUGGUAACCGUCCUUGGAGUGAGGUCCAGGCAGGUUAUUUUUGGGCAACGCAGUGGACAGUGGCACUCGGGUCAGCCGCCAUGGUCAUUUCCCUACUGAUUCUUAUUCUGCGCAUGUUUGUGGAAGCUUUCAAAAAUAAAAUGUCGAAAGCAUUGUGGAUAUCCUUGUGUUUUGCUGGAGAUCUAUUGCUGGUCGUUGGCGUUGUGUCAUUUGGAGUCAACUUCCCGGACUACUACUUUCAAGAACUUCAUUAUUCAUACGGAUUAUGCUGUAUCGCCAUGACAAUGGGUGUUUUUGCAGGCAUAUUUGGCCUAGUUGACAAUUUUGACGUCACACGUUGACAUCGGCCUGACCUUGCAAUGGUGAUCGUUUCCAGCAGCGAGGGGAAUGCCAUUAGUGAAAAUUCAGUAGAGCUGAGAAGGAAUAUGUACCCAACUACAUACACAGGAGUAUCUUCUGUUGUAGGAGCGAAAUGAAUGAGGAAAGGAGCUCUUAGGCAGAAAAUGAUUGCGGUUGUUGCGUUAGCGUACUGAUGAAGCGAGUGUGUCAACCGACGGUGCUGAGUUUGUUUUUAAAGGAGCGAAAAUAUAACAAAGUAUGAAGCAUUGCAUCAAAAGAUCAUUUCCUCUGUACUAGGCUGUAACUUUGUCUCACCUAACGAUUAAAACAAACAAGGUACACAUCCACAGUGUAGUUUUUCAGUGCCCCGAAUCUCCGGGGAAAUAAGGAGCAUAACGUGAAUCCACUGCACGGAUUGUGCAAGAUAUAGUUAGCGGACUUACAGUGUAACUGCAACUGUUAAUAUAUUUCUGAUAUCAUGGUAACCUUUUAACGUGUCUGCACAUUCUCUGCAUAAUGAUUUUCUACUGAUAGAAAGACAUCCAGACUUCUCUGUCUUCUAUUGUUUUCCAAAAAUGUUUUUGUCAAAUGUUCUAAACCCAUUGAGUGAUGUGUGUUCUCGAGAUAAAACGAUUUUCCCGUAAGUGCUUUGUAUCACUUCAAAAGAAUUUACA